CAUCAACCGCAACAAAACAAAAAAAAGACAUAAUUUUUUCUGUAGAAAAUGUCGGGCUGCAGAAAAAUCUGCCACAUUGUUAAGCUAUGCCAAAUUCUACGGCGGUGGACUAGGAAGAAGGCAACUAUGUUCAUCCGCCAUGUCCCGUCCGAUGUGCCUGCCGGACACGUGGCAGUCACCGUAGGAACCAACUGCAAAAGAUAUGUUGUACGUACCACCUACUUGAACCACCCUGUGUUCAAGAAACUCCUAUCUCAAGCUGAAGAAGAGUACGGUUUCAACAAUUCUGGCCCCUUAGCUAUUCCUUGCGACGAGACAUUGUUCGAGGAGUUACUAUGUUAUUUGGCCCGUACUGAUUCCAAGAACAGCAACAAAAAAAACAUGUCUAUGUUCAUAAGGUUUGAAGACUUUCAGAGGUACUGUCAAGUAGGAAUCAGAAGCAACUUUGACAUUUGGUCUGACUCUAGACCCCUCUUGCAUGGCACAUGUAAUAAGUCCGUCACAAUUUGUUAAACUACGCUAAAUUGGGUAGCUCUGUGCAUUACCGCUACACGCAGGGUUCGGAGAAGGAUCGGACCAUAAAUGGUCUUUUUUACGCAGUCUUACCCUGCAUUUCUACAAGAACUGUCUCCACAGCUUGAAUCCGGGACCUUCUAGUCACAUGGUAGCAACUUUACUAGAGUUACGCCAAGGCUCUCCUUCGAUCGGUUAAACUACACUUACAGUGCAAAAUAUUUUUUGGUUACAACAUGGGAUCGAGAUGGCCAGUAGGUGAAGAAUUUUUACCACCGAGUCGUCCGGGUUCGGAUCGGAGCAGAGCAAAAAUGAAGAACAGAGACAGGACAUUGACAGAUAUGAUAACUGGUUAUAGUAUUUGUAUAUUUCGCCUCAUGAACCAAAAAAAGAGAACUGUACAUUUUAGAAUUAUUUAAAGAGCUAGAUUCCAUACCAUUAACAGAAGAAGCAAGAUUGAGUUUUCAAUGCUGAGUAAAAAAUCUUAUAAUUAUCUUGAGAGUUUUUCUACUCUGUAUUCAGUGAACGGUCAAGAUUGUCAAGACCUAGAUGAAACUUGAGAAAUGAGAUGGCAACGAGGUUUACAAAUAGGAAUUUAAAUUAUGUGUACUGUAAAA